UAUAUAAAUGCGGGCGAUCGCUGUAUCGCCGCGACAGUUUUCAGCUUCUAUGAGUACAGUUUUCGUAUCGAUAUCUUUUAGUUCGAGCUCCGAUUUUGGAUUCGUUAUCAUCGAUCGAAAAGAGAAGUUUUGUAAGAUUUCGCAUUAUUAUGGAUUCGACGGUAUUUCGUACUCGUUCUCACGGUACACCAGCUGAGGGUGUCAAAGAUCAAUACGCGGAUGGCAAAGCGGCAAAAGUCUGGGAGUUCUUCAUCGGUGACAUUAAGCAACGUACGCAGAAUUAUCGGGACUUUCUGGUGGGUCUACUGCGACAAAAGGGAUGCCAUCGAAUAUUGGAUGUCGCUUGCGGCACCGGGGUCGAUUCCGUGAUGCUGCUGGAAGAAGGCUUCGAGGUCGUCAGCAUCGACGCCUCUGACAAGAUGCUCAAGUAUGCGCUGAAAUCCAGAUGGGAACGUAGGAAGGAACCUGCCUUUGAUAAAUGGAUAAUUGAAGAGGCCAAUUGGCUAACUCUAGCUAGCGAUAUUAGUCAUCUCAUUGGAGAAGGUUUUGAUGCCGUUAUAUGCUUGGGAAAUAGUUUCGCCCACAUGCCUGAUACUUUCGAUGAUCAGAGAGAACAGAGGCAAGCUCUGGUGAACUUUGAGCGUUGCGUAAGACCAGGAGGUUUACUGCUUAUCGAUCACAGGAAUUAUGACUAUAUAAUCAAUACCGGCCAAACUCCUCCCAAAUGCAUAUAUUAUAAUAGCGAGCAUAUGAUGGAUAUCAAAACAUCGGUACUCUUUGUGUCAGGAAAACCGAAGAUCGUUACUAUGGAUUACAUGAUCGCUCUAGAUAACAGGAAUAAAAACAAUAUCGAGCAUGUUAACGAGUUCAGGCUGUCAUAUUAUCCUCACAGAUUAACAGUGUUCCGCGAUAUGUUGACCGAGAUAUUCAGCCACGGGGCGAAACAUAUAAUCUAUGGUGAUUUUAAACCACUCAAUCAGAUCAAGGAUCCCGGAUUUUAUAUCCACGUGUUGCAGAAACAACUUUAAAGAGUAAGAAAUCGAACGUCGGUGAUCCUUUUUUAAACAGUGUCAUCGGUUUUUCGAAACAAGCAAAUGUUCCAUAAGACUGAAUGAUUAGAAUGGUUGGUUAAUUUGUUUAGAAACGUAUUGUGAAUUAUUUCUCGAUUAAAACAAGUGUUUUUUU